AUUUUGUAGUUUUGUGCUCCUCGUUUUUGCCAGCGUUCACAAGUCAUUCGCAGCCAUGCAUCUUAUGUAUACGCUAGACGAGAGUGGGAACAGGAUAUACACUCUGAACAAAACAACGAAUACAGGCCGAAUUACCAAGUCUGCACACCCAGCACGUUUCUCGCCCGAUGAUAAGUUCUCGAGGCACCGUGUUACCCUUAAAAAGCGCUAUGGUGUCCUGUUAACCCAGCUCCCUAGCAAGCCCAUGUGAUCUUUUGUAAAGGGUCAGGCGUCUUCCGGACAAAAUCGCGAGCACCAUCAGCAUCUCUGCCAAAUUAUACCUCCUCGCACGGGUUAUAGAGUACGCCGUGUAAUAACAUGUCCUCGUGGUCCAAUUGUUAAGCCGUCGCUUCUGGGUAUUUGAUGACGGGACUUGAUCGUUCGUAUGCCUUCGUUGACCUUUUUAGUACCUCUACGGGCGGGACCAAUGAAAAGUGUAUAUUUAUUCA